UUCACACUCAACAAUAUAUUUAUUCAACUACCAUAUUUAAAGAUGUUAAACACUAGAUUUUAUAAGAGUUGCUUGGUAAAUUAUAGAAUGAGAAGAUUUUUUUCAAAUGUUACAAUAAAUUCAGCUCAGAAAGUCAAAAAAUUGGCGGUUGAUGAUUUUAUCACAUCAUUUGAAAAAAAACUCCAAAAAUCGAAAAACCACCCAAAAGACAGUAAAAAAAAAGCUAAUAUUGUUGGUAAUAUAAACAGUAAUAUGGAUUCUAUUGCAAAAUCCAAACCCAAAUCCAAGAAUAUUUUGGAAAGUCGAAAAGUAGUAAAUCCAGAUAAAGAGACACAACCAAGCGCACCUUCACAUCAAAAUAAAAAUAAAAACAAAAACAAAAACAAAAAUAAAAACAAAGAUAAUAAUAAUAUGAAAAAAAAUCAUUUAUCUAAAAGCAAAGAAAAAAAUAUAGUCGAAAAAACCCCACAACAAAAAUUUGCAGAAAUUCAAAUUUCAGAUGAAUAUAACUGGACAUCUGGAAAUUUAAAAAUUGAUUCUCAUUUAGCAGAUUUGACUAAAACUUGUCUUAGAAAUAAUAAAUCCGGAAAGAUUAACUUUAUCAAUCCAUUAUCAAACAACAAGACAGUUCAGAUGACUAUUACAGAUUUAUACAAGUUAUGCCAAUUAAAAUAUAUAGAUUUAAAAAAGUUGGGCUCCAGUCCAUCAAUUGUCCAGUAUGAUGAACAAGAAAUUCCCGUUCUUAAAUUAAUUGCUAAUGAAGUACUUCUACCAAAGAUUGAGCAAGAAAUAGGGAAAAAAAAAUUACUAGAAUUGAAUCCCAAAUUUGCCAAAAAGAUAGAGUAUUUUGAGGCAAAAAAGAAAAAAAAGAGUGCAGAAAAAACUGUCCGAAUUGAUUGGAAUAUUUCUAAAUCUGACUUAAAUUCACAAAAAAAAAAGGAGAUAACAAGGUUUUUGACCCAGGGAAAGACAGUUACAAUAGUUAUCAACUCCACAUCGAAAAAGACAUUGAACCCUGAUGAUUUUGUUUUUAUAAAAGCUCGAAAGCUUUUAAUAGGAGAAAUUCGUGAGAUAACCGAUGAAUUUAUAGAGUCUCACGCCAUAAGCAUUAAAAACUACGGUGAUCUAUAUUCAUCUUAUACAAUCGUAUUGAAACCUUCACUGUCACUAGCUCCUGCUUUUAGUGAAAAAAAAGAAGACAAUGAAGAAUCAAAAGUUGAUGAAAAUAAGGUAUCAGCAGAGUUAGAAAAAUCAAAAGAAUCAGAAAAAUCAGAAAAAUCAGAAAAAUCAGAAAAAUCAGAAAAAUCAGAAAAAUCAGAAAAAUCAGAAAAGGUGGGAUUAAAAGAAGAUUUUAAAAAUGACAAGAUCAAAGUCAAGCCAAUAAUAAAUGGAAUUAUUUCUAAAAAAGAUAAACCUCGAAAUCAAACAUUGGAUCAAACAUUGGAUCAAACAUUGGAUCAAACAGUAAAAAAUACUGGAAAAGCAAUCAAAAGCCAAACACAAGUGUUAAAUAAAACACUGAAAAAUGUUAAAGAAAUACCCAAAAAAGCUUUGGAAAGUACAAACACAGCUGCUCAUCAAAAAACCCAAAAUAAAAAAAAGGAUCUGAGCACCCAAGAGCUUAAUGAACAAGUCAUAGAUAUCCCCUUAUCAAAAGGUAGUAAAAGACUUGCACGACUAUUUCCAGAAACACAAAAUCAAAAGCCCAUAGGGACACCUAUGGAAAACCCUUUUAUCGUUGGUAGAAAAAUGGAUAGUUUACUCACUAGUAUUCGAAAGCGUGGUGCAAUAUCAAACCCACCUACUUUGCUAACCAUGAUGGACAAGAUGGAAAAGUCGCAGGAUGCUGUUGCUGAUGCUGAUCCUUUUUUACGGAAAAGUAUUUACAAAGCAAAUAAUAUACUCAGCAAUCCUCCCGAUAUUCAGAAGACUCUCCAUGCUAUGAAAAUCGAAUAAAGCAUAAAGUAGUGGUGCUUUAAGGUCGAUGUAUACCAUCUUAUUAUAUAGCGAGCGAUUUAGGUAAUAAAUGAGACCAGUCCGACG